AUGCCCUCCGGCGGCGUCCAGCCAGGUGGCUACUUUAACGCUCCCUUCUCCGGCACUCAGCGACAGCCUACUUACCCCCCUUCGAACGCCCCGUCCUACAGCGACAGCGGCUAUCAUGACUACACGGCCGACUAUCAUGGCCGCAACGACGACGACUUUGAAACCAAGAGCUACAACUCGCAUACACACCUCAACACGGGCGGCGCGCACAAGGAGUAUGGGGUCGGCGCUGUCGUCCCCAGCGUCAACUUUGCCCCGCCAGCCCCCAUCGGUCGCGAGCAGUACCCUCCGUCCCCGAGUCUGUUGGGCUACCCGCCCCCUGCUCCCGCCCACCAGCUGCCGACGACGCCGAGCUUUUCGGGUUCGAGCCACUGGCACAACGUGCGUAACCAGCUGCUCGCCCGCCGUGUCGUCAAGCAAAUCCCGCUCUUCAACGGAAACCUCGUCAUGGACGUGCCCGUGCCCAAGGGUGUCGUCCCGGCCAGCACGGGUGCCGUUGGCGCCGAGCCCGGCGAAAUGGAGAAGCUGCGAUACAGCGCCGCGACAUGCGACCCAGACGAGUUUACGCGCCGCAAAUUCCACCUCCGCCAAUAUCUGUACGGGCGCCGGACUGAGCUGUUCAUCGUCAUGACCAUGUACAACGAGGACUCGAUCCUGCUGCUGCGCACGCUCAACGCGGUCAUCAAGAACAUUGCGCACCUGUGCUCGAGGACACGGUCCAAGACAUGGGGGCAGGGCUCGUGGCGCAAGGUUGUCGUGUGCAUCGUCGCCGACGGCCGAAACAAGUGUGAUCCCCGUGUCCUCAAGGUCCUCCAGCUUAUGGGCGUGUACGCCGAGGGUGUCGCCAAAGACACGGUUGCAGGCAAGGAGGUGCAGGCGCACAUUUACGAGUAUACCACACAGGUUGUCGUUAGCGAGACGGGCGAGGUUGGCUUUGGCGCCGUGCCAAUCCAAGUCAUAUUCUGUCUCAAGGAAACAAACAAGAAGAAGCUCAACUCGCACCGCUGGUUCUUCAACGCCUUCGGCCCUCAGGUCAAGCCCAACGUGUGCGUCCUCCUCGACGUCGGUACGAAACCCUCCGGCACCAGUCUGUACGAGCUGUACAAGUGCUUCGAGAAGCACGCCAACGUCGGCGGCGCCUGUGGAGAGAUCUACGCCGACUCGGGCAAGUGGGGCCGGUACCUGCUCAACCCGAUUGUCGCUGGCCAGAACUUUGAGUAUAAGAUGUCCAACAUUCUCGACAAGCCGUUCGAGUCCGUGUUCGGCUUCAUCUCGGUGCUGCCCGGUGCCUUCUCGGCCUACCGCUACGCGGCUGUGGCCAACCAUCCCGACGGCACCGGGCCACUCGCGUCCUACUUCCACGGCGAGAAAAUGAACGAGCCCGGCGCUGAGGCGUCCAUCUUUGACCGGAACAUGUUCCUCGCCGAGGACCGUAUUCUCGCUUUCGAGAUCGUCACGAAGAAGAAGGCAAAAUGGCGUCUGCAGUACGUCAAGAGCGCCAAGGCCGGUACCGAUGUGCCCUCGGGUGUGCCCGAGUUCAUCUCGCAGCGCCGCCGUUGGCUGAACGGUUCGAUCUUUGCGUCCUUCUUCUCGCUCUACUCGUUCUGGCGUGUGUGGACGUCCGGGCACAACAUUAUUCGCAAGUUUGCGCUCAUGAUCCUCACGUUCUACAACUUGGUCAAUCUCCUGUUCAACUGGCUUUCCAUCUCGUCCUACUACCUCGCCUUCUACUUCCUGCUCCAGUCGUCAGUUUCCUCCGAGAAGGAUCCUUUCUGGGGUGCGGGUGACGAGAUCUUCCAGGUCUUCAACAAGGUGUACAUUGCUAUUCUCUUUAUCGUCCUCGUCUGUUCGCUGGGUAACCGCCCGCAGGGCUCGAAGUGGAUGUACACUGGCUGUAUCUUGCUGUUCGCAGUGUGCCAAGGCAUCCUGCUCUACUGUGCCGGCUGGACGGUAUACCAGACCGUCCCGCACACCGCAGAGGGCUGGACGAACCUGGAUGAGCUCUUCUCGAACCGCACGUUCCUCGACCUCGCCAUGUCGCUCAUGGCGACCUACGGUCUCUACCUCAUCUCGUCGCUCAUGUACCUCGAGCCGUGGCACAUGUUCACCUCGUUCAUCCAGUACCUGUUCCUGCUUCCAUCGUACGUCAACAUUCUGCUCAUCUACGCCUUCUGCAACCUGCACGAUGUGUCGUGGGGCACCAAGGGCGACAACGGUGCGGCCAAAGACUUGGGACAAGCGAAGAAGGUGAAGAACGACGACGGCGAAGAGGCACUCGAAGUCGCCCUGCCCACGCGGCAGGAGGACGUCGAAGCGUUGUGGCAGCAGGCGCGCGCCGAGAUCCGCAUCCCGCCAAAGGAAGUCAAGGAAAAGCGCGACCCGGAAACCAAGCGCUCAGACUCCGACCGCAACUUCCGCACAAACGUCGUCCUCAUGUUCCUCGGCAGCAACAUGGUCAUCAUUCUCCUCUUCACGUCCAGCGCGUUCACAGGCUGGAUCUCCCAACACUUUGCCGAAGCCACCUCGGGCACCUUCAACCCCUACCUCACCGUCAUCUUCUACGCCGUCCUCUUCCUCAGCGCAAUGCGCUUCAUCGGCUGCACGCUGUACCUCAUCUUCCGCAUCUUUGGAUUCUAG